AUGCACCGAAAGCUUAAAAAAAUAGAAGAAAAAGAAGCGAAAAAGAAACUCUUCAAGAGAUUGCUGCAGCAGCAGCUAUCAUCAGGUAAGGGAAGUGUGUUUGAAACGAAGCUUUUUGUCACAAAAGAGCUGGAGAAGGCAACAGACAAUUUUAAUGAAAGUCGUAUUCUGGGCAAAGGAGAGCUUGGAACUGUUUACAAAGGAAUGCAGUCAGAUGGAACUAUUGUAGCUGUGAAGAAAUCAAACAAAAUUGACCGGGAUCAACUGUUGCAGUUUAUCAAUGAAGUGCUUAUUCUCUCACAGAUAAAUCACAGGCACAUAGUGAAAUUGUUAGGUUGUUGUUUGGAAACCGAAGUUCCAUUACUUGUUUAUGAAUUUGUGUCAAAUGGAACCCUUUCGCAGCACCUUCAUGAUGACCCAAGCGCUGGAAUGAUCACUUGGGAGAAUCGUUUACGUAUUGCAGCUGAAGUUGCUGGAGCUCUUUCUUAUUUGCACUCAUGCGCUUCAACGGCCAUUUUUCACAGGGACAUCAAGUCAAGCAACAUAUUGUUAGAUGAGAACUACAGGGCGGUUGUCUCCGAUUUCGGGCUGUCACGAUCAGUUGCUAUUGAUAGAACACACUUAACUAUACUAGUCGGAGGCACAUUUGGUUACUUAGACCCAGAGUACAUUCGCUCAGGGCAACCCAAUGAUAAAAGUGACGUUUAUGCCUUUGGAGUUGUUCUUGCUGAACUUCUAACAGGCCAAGAGGCUGUCUCUUCAGAUAAGUCUGAUGUUGGUUUGGUUAUCCGGUUUCUAUCAUCCAUGAAGGAAAACCGAUUGUUUGAAAUCUUGGACAAGAUUGUCGCUGAUGAAGGCCUAGAAGAGGAAAUUCUUUUUGUUGCUAAGCUUGUCAAAAGAUGCCUAAAACUCAAUGCAAGGAAAAGGCCAGGCAUGAAGGAGAUAGCUGCUGAACUUGAACAACUGAGGAGAAUAAAGGAAGGGUCAAUAGAUAAACAAAAUUUUCAGGAUGGUUAUUGCUCAAUAAGCGAAAAAUCUGAUUUUUGCAAUGUUGAUUUAAUUACUGAAGAUACCGAUGAGUAG